AUGGGAGAAGCGACCCCCGCUCAGUCCGCUGCCGGGGCAUUCGUACCCAUGUUGGGUGUUGGUUUAGGGUCUAUGUCCGGUGUGGUUGGCAGCGGCCCGGUGGUGGCCACCUCCAGAGGCUCCGCGGUGCCACAGCUGCACAACGCCAUAGUGGAGCGUUUGCGCGCCCGCAUAGAGCUGUGCAGGAGGCACCACUCCACCUGCGAGAACCGUUACCAGAGGGGUCAGGCCGAGAACUCGGACCGGGAGCAUGAGAGUACGCUUCACCUUCUUAACAUAGUCCACCAAGGGCCUGGGAACCGAAAGGCCAAGGUCAGCCGGGGCUCGACCCAGCAGCCUUCAGAGUACAGCAGGGCCAACGGAGAGCAGAAGGGCUCAGAGGGCGACCAGAAGAUAUCUACACGCAUAGCGCUUCAAGGAUCUUUGCGCAGGAAGAUUGAGGGACAUGCACCAGGACAUACACCAAAGCAGAACGGCCUCUCCUGUGGUUUCUCUGGAUCAGAUUUUAAGCGAGUCCGUGUAGACACUGGUGGUCUGGGACAUGGGCCAUGCAACCAUAACUUAACCCAGUCUCAUUCUCUACAAGGCUCCUCGGCCAUGGGCAUGCAGAGGAAGAAUUACAUGGUGCCCCAUGGAGUGGGAUCUGACAUAUUCAGCAUGACCCUGAAAGAAAUGAAAAAAGAGCCUUGUGAGGUCCAGUCUUGUGGCCAGUCAAAUGCUGAGAUGAUUUUUGACUUCAAAGAUGAGGGUGGGGGACAGAUCGACCCGGAGCUCCAGGAUCUGUUUGAUGAGCUGACAAAGACAGUACCCCCGUUGAAUGAUCUAGACUUUGAGAAGAUGCUGAAGCAGGAUGAUACAUUUGGUUUGGAUCUAGGUCGGCCAAGCUCUGCAGGAGCAGCAGCCACUCUGUGUUCCCCAUUGGAGAAGCAGAUAAAGACAGAGCCCUCCCCAGAUUUUGGGCCUGUUCACGGCGGCUCACCACAGCUUCGACCGGCUUCAGCAGGGCCCUCGUUCACAAUGACCAGCACCUCUUCUGCCACCACAUCACAGAAAGCUAACACCCAGUCAGGACACCCAAGAGGCAUAUCUUGCUGGCUAGAAAUAUCCCAUGCAGAGCAACUUAAGCAGAUGGCAGCAAACCAGCAGCAGCCAAGCUCUCUGCUCCAUCACCACCAUCAAACACCACCUGCAGGACUGACCAGUUGGGUCACUGCCAUGAGUACCCACUCUUCCACCAGCUCCUUCCCCCAGGACAAGGUCUCCACCCCAGCCCCGCCUAGCCAGCAGAGAAUUGGCUCCCAGAGUAAAGGGAUCAACAACUGCCUUUUCAAGCCAAACGGCCACAAUGGUUCCCAUCAUUUGGACAUGAAGGUUCUUAACACCAAGCCCACGUUACACUUCAGCCCCAAAGCACCGCAUUCUGCCAGCCAGCAGAUGCCUAUGAUGGCAAGUUCAGUGAACAAGACUUCAGCCCAGCAGCAGCAGCAGCAACAACAUUCACCAUCAACUGGCCAGAAUCAGCCACAUUCAGCUCUCCACUUCCAAAACCAACAGAUCUCCACGUCAGCGGCUCUUUGUCUGGAGCCCAAGUCAGUUCCGCUGCAUGGCACAGGGCUGCCAUUCAAACUGCCGCAACAGCGUCAGGGUGUUCCUCCUGGUCCAAGGCUGCCCAAUAAUGGAAGCUUGGGAGUCAUGUCAACCCAGUCACAGCCACGACCCCCAGCGCCCAACAGCCAGCAGAAAGGCCCAGCCAAAGCGCAGGCUAUGCAGAGACAACUUACCCAACAACAGCACACCAUCAGCAAUUCAGACAAAGAUAAUGCACAUGAUCAGUUCAGUCGUCAUCUCACAAGACCACCACCUGAUUACAAACAGUCAAGAAGUAUGGUGGGAGUUCAGCAAGGAAACAUCUUCACAGCUCAAAACUCCUCCAAGUCUUCCAGCAAUGGCCCUGAGAGUGACCUGCAGUCCAUGUCUUGUCAUCUCCCAACUGCAUCUGGUUCAAAGAUGAAUCCUCCACCAUUAGACCGUAGAUUCGGUAUUGGGACAGACUGUCAUCAGAGUUCUUGUAUUGGCCAAUUCCAGCAGCAUAACGAGCAGAAUCGAAUUGGACUAAAUCAAAAUAAACCUCGGUUCCUGGGGCCAAACACGCAAAGAAAUUCUUUUGGGAUGAACAAUGCAACAGGUGUACAACAGCCGAGAACAACAGCUGACCUACAUUCCUCUGGGGUACCAGGACAGGGUCUCGGAGGCUUGUUGACAAAUGUCAACAUGGGCUGGGGCUCAGCCAACAAGCAAGUGACAACUGGACUCGGUGUUAGGCGGCUACCCAACCCACUACAGUCUCAGGGUGCGCAGCUGGACAUUCCAAACCAUCCAUACCAACAGAGGCACAUUGGCCCUCCCAACCAGGUAGCACCAGAUAUCAGGAUGCUCCCUCUCAACCCCUCAUUAAGAGACACAGGCCCAAGACCAAGCCAGUCAAUGCUAGGCUCCCCAUCAGCAGGGGGAAACCUAAACCAGUCCUCUCCUGAACAGAGGGUACCAGCAGGCAACUUUGCAGAGGCCAGUCCCGGAUCUAGCAGCUACCAGAAUAAUCGGGCCAACCGUCUGACCUUUGACUUCCUUCCAGAGGGAGACAACACAGUUCCAGGGAUCAACACGGACUCAGACUUCAUAGACUCUCUGCUCAAGUCUGGCUCUGGUAAUGAUGAUUGGAUGAAAGAUAUAAAUUUGGAUGAGAUUCUGGGCAGUCACUCGUGAAAUUGUUUCACACAUUACUAAACAUUGACCCGCAGCUCAAAUUAUAGAGGCUAUGGAUAUAAGGUAUAAGGGGUAACAUUUGUAAAUAAUGUUAAAAUGGAAUUUUAUAAACUCAUAUUAUUUGUUUUCCAAGUAUACUGUAAUGUUUUGUAUUGUAUUUACUGUGAAAGGAAUUUGUGUUCCGUCCUGUACUCGGCAUAUUUUAUUCCUGGUAUAUUGGUCAAGAAAAUGCUUUUUCUUUGCAGUCACUGUUUUUGUGGUCUGUUUGUCAUACUCAUGCUGUAGUGCUGUCGUAUAGGAUAAAAUACCAAAUUCACACUGUGAAAAGAAAACAUUGCCGUGUUGCUUUUGAGUUCAUCUUGGUAUUCAAAGCUAAGUUGCAUUCACUAUUUAGCAUGAUGAUUUACUUGCAGACGGUUUGCUACCAUAAACAGAGAAUCUUGCCACAACAAAUGUUUUCUUACUCAUUGUUCUUUUUCCAUCUGUGGUAGUUUUGGAUGUGAUU